CCCCUUCGUUUCGUUCCCUUCUGUUCCUUCUCCAACGGCGCAGAAACACCCUUUUCCGUUGUUGAUUCUCCCUUCUCUUCUCUCACACUGUUCCUCACAGGAUAAGCUCACACACGAAAUCUCUUUCCGUAUGAUCGCUUCAGAGUUCCGCCAGUUUCGACGCUUCGUGUUAUUCACAUUCAUUGAUUUUUGCAUGCAAAUAGAUUUCUAGGGUUUCCAAGACGGCUCGAGUUAGACAGAGAUGGAGAAUGCAGAAUGCGUGCGAGUGGCGGUGAAUAUUCGUCCCCUGAUUACGUCGGAGCUUCUUCUUGGCUGCACAGAUUGUAUUUCCGUUGUUCCCGGUGAACCUCAGGUGCAAAUAGGAUCGCAUUCUUUCACGUUUGAUUAUGUAUAUGGUAGCACGGGAUCACCUUCCUCUGCAAUAUAUGAUGAUUGUGUAGCGCCGCUUGUUGAUGCACUCUUCCAUGGAUAUAAUGCCACAGUUCUUGCAUACGGUCAGACGGGCUCUGGGAAAACAUACACCAUGGGCACUGAUUAUAAUGGAGAGGGAAGUAGUGGUGGAAUUAUACCCAUGGUAUUGGAAACCAUAUUCAACAAAGUUAAGGCUACAAAUGACUCCACGGAAUUCUUGAUUAGAGUAUCAUUUAUUGAGAUAUUUAAGGAAGAGGUUUUUGAUUUGCUUGAUCCUAAUUCAUCUAAAGGAGAGGCGGCAUCAACGGCAAAGGUUGCUGUGCCUACCAGAGUUCCCAUACAAAUCAGAGAAACUGCGAAUGGAGGAAUAACACUUGCUGGAGUGACUGAGGCUGAUGUCAAGACAAAAGAAGAAAUGACAUCGUAUCUCUUAAGUGGUUCAUUGUCACGUGCCACUGGGAGUACAAACAUGAAUAGUCAAUCAAGUCGUUCACAUGCUAUCUUCACGAUCACAAUGGAGCAAAAGAAUGGUGAUGACAUCUUAUGUGCCAAACUCCAUUUAGUGGACCUAGCUGGAUCUGAACGUGCGAAACGAACUGGUGCGGAUGGCUUGCGUUUAAAAGAAGGAAUUCAUAUCAACAAGGGUUUAUUAGCUCUUGGAAAUGUAAUAAGUGCGUUGGGAGAUGAAAAAAAGCGAAAAGAAGGAGGCCAUGUGCCAUAUCGUGAUAGCAAGUUAACGCGCCUACUUCAGGAUUCUCUUGGAGGAAACAGCAAAACUGUGAUGAUAGCAUGUGUUAGUCCCGCUGACACAAAUGCUGAAGAGACAUUGAACACUUUAAAGUAUGCAAACCGAGCUCGUAACAUUCAGAACAAGGCAAUUAUUAAUCGUGACCCAGUGGCAGCUCAGGUGCAAACAAUGCGGAAUCAGAUUGAGCAAUUGCAUGCCGAGCUUCUAUUUUACAGAGGUGAUGCCAGUGGACCAAUUGAGGAGCUUCAGAUGCUUAAACACAAAAUAUCCUUACUUGAAGCAAGUAAUGCAGAGCUACAAAAGGAGCUUAAAAGACGCCAAGUAACCUCCGAGAGUUUAGCACAACGUGCUCUCGAGGCCCAGGUUGAAAAGGAUCAAUUAAUUUUGAAAAUAGAAUCAAUUCGUAACGGUAAAUCAUGGGACGAGAUUGACUCAAAUUCAAAUCAGGAUUAUGACCUACUGAAAUCUUACGUGUCAAAGAUCCAAGAUUUGGAAGGAGAGUUGCUAAAUUUGAAAACUUCAAAUGCCACGAAUUCAAGCCGUUUUGUUGACUGUGCUGAUUCCGAUGAUGAUGGAUAUGAAUCAAAACAUGCUUUAUUUGCACGAGAUGAGAUGGAAGAUGAUGCAAAGGAACUAGAACACUCAUCUAUUCAAGAAAAGUUGGAUGAAGAACUCAAAGAAUUGGAUAAGAAACUUGAACAAAAGGAGGCUGAAAUGAAGCUGAUCAGUAAUGCUGAUCCUUCAGUUCUCAGACAUCAUUAUGAAAAGAAACUUCUUGAGAUGGAACAAGAAAAGAAAAUUUUACAGAAAGAAAUUGAGGAACUGAAGUGCAAUCUUGCAAAUAUUUCAUCCACCUCUGAUGACGGGUGUCAAAAAUUGAAGCAGGAUUAUCUUCAAAAAUUGAAUACUCUUGAGGCACAGGUAGCAGAGUUGAAGAAGAAACAAGAUGAUCAGGCUCAACUCCUGAAGCAAAAACAGAAGAGUGAUGAGGCUGCAAAACGACUUCAGGAUGAGAUCCAGAAAAUUAAAGCACAAAAGGCUCAUCUUCAAAAUAAGAUUAAGCAGGAAUCUGAACAGUUUAGGAUAUGGAAAGCUUCACGUGAAAAAGAAGUUCUCCAGCUUAAGAAAGAGGGGAGAAAGAAUGAACAUGAGAUGCAUAAGCUGUUAGCAUUGAAUCAGAGACAAAAGAUGGUAUUGCAAAGGAAGACAGAAGAAGCUUCCUUGGCCACGAAAAGGUUGAAAGAACUUCUAGAAUCACGAAAGGCUUCCUCACGUGAAACUAUGGGUGUUGGAGGUGGGAAUGGCCCUGGAACUCAGGCUUUGAUGAAAGCAAUUGAACAUGAGAUUGAAGUCAAUGUCCGGGUGCACGAAGUUCGUUCAGAAUGUGAACAUCAAAAGGAAGUGAGAGCUAAAAUGGCGGAGGAGAUGACGAGGUUAAAGGAAGAAGCACAAAUGAUGAAGCAAAAUAGUACAAGUGAUUGUUCCACAUCAAUGUCUCCUGGUGCAAGAAAUUCUAGGAUUUUUGCCCUUGAAAACAUGCUUUCGACUUCUUCUGCAACUCUAGUGUCUAUGUUAUCCCAGUUAUCAGAGGCAGAAGAACAGGAGCGGGUUUUCAGUGGUAAAGGGCGCUGGAACCAAGUCCGGACCCUUGCUGAUGCCAAGAAUUUGAUGAAUUAUUUGUUUAAUAUUGCAUCUUCGUCCAGGUGUUUAUUACGUGAUAAAGAAGUGAUUUGUAGAGAGAAGGACACGGAAAUGAGAGACCUUAAACAAAAAGUAGUGGGGUUAAGCUACUUACUCCGACAGUCAGAAAUGAUAAAAACUGAACUUACUAAUAAGUUGAAGUUGCAGAGUGAAGCUUUGAAAAGAUUCUCAGAUGUGGAAGAUUCAGAAUAUUCUGACGUGAAUGUUGGAGCUCACAAGUAUGACUUGCGCAAGCCGGAAUACCGCCGGUCUACCCUUCUAUUGGAGGACAUGGAUACAUCUGAGACAGAGUCAGAUGAUUAUGAUUUAACAGAUGAUGAGUGGGAAGAAUCAGGAAAAUUAAGGGUUGGGAAAAAGAAAUCUAAAACAAGACGCUCAGACAUGGAAAAUAAUCAAUCCAAUAUCAACAUUUCAGAAGAUUUUAAAGAAAAUUCAAGUGAUGUAGUUGUAGAUGCAUAUGGGGAAACUGCAUCGGAUAUUUGCUGCCCUUGUAGUAGAACCUCAUCAUGCAAGACAACAAAAUGCAAGUGCAAAGCUUUGGGCUGUAGUUGUGGGAGUUCUUGCGGUUGCUUAGCAACCAAGUGUGCCAACAGAGCAUCAUCAAAUGAAUCACACGAGCCAACUCAAUCGAGAUUGGUUCAAAGGUGCGGAAAUAAUCCAUGUAGCGAAGAAACAGACAAUGAUCGCCAUCUUGUUACUCAAGGUGCAGAGUUACUUCAGGGAGCACUGAUUGAUACGCUUGCCCGGACAAACAGUGACCAAGGGCCCAGAAAACCCCUCUCUGACAUAGGAAAUACACAGGUCAAAUCAAAUACCAAUAAUGGAAAUGAGAGGAAGAAAUCGCGGACAUCCACGGUAAUUAUUGUUCCAGAUCGGCUACCACCUUCGCCGCAGCCACAGAAUUUCGAAGUCCCCAACCUCAACCCGAGGAAAGAAAAUAACACCAUUAUUAAUGAAACAAAUGCCAGUGUGAAUAAACCAACACAUAAAAGGUCCAAAUCCAGACCGGAAAAUGCUGCAUGCGUCCCUAGGGCAGAGGGUAAUUUUUUGGACCCAGAUGUACACUUGAAAGCAGCAUCAAGGACUUUUCGAAGGGCAGCAUCAUCUAACAGUAGCGUGCCAUUUUGGGACAGAAAUGCUGGCAAAUCUGAUCAAUCUGUUAGUAAAGAACCUGAAGCUUUUGAAACAAGGAGUUCUCUACGAAAGAAAAGAACACUAGACGAAAAAGAGAACAACAGACGCUGAUCAUUUUGUUGAUGUUUAUACCCAAAGGAACACUAACCAACACGUCUUGCGGGGAUUUUGUUGAAGAAAGAAGAUAUCGGUGGUAUGCGCUAAUCAGUUUGAAGUGCAUUUGGCUCGAUUUUCUUGGUUCCUAUACUGUUAAUUUAAGCAUUCCAUGAGGUUUUAGAUGAAGGGCCGGAACUGAUAGUCUUCUGCAUGAUGAGGUGAAAAUAUGAUGGGUCAAAGCUCAGUGUUUGAGUCGAAUCCCUCAGUGGUAAAAAUCUUUUCUGCUGAAUGGUCAUAGUAGUGUAAAUUGAUAAAGUUUUAAUUGGAAGAAUAAUUUUAAG